AUGUCACUUGGCUGUGGGGUAUUCUUUGGCCUUAAGAAAGAUGUUACCUUUGACCAGCCACUGUUGAGCAACAGAGCUUUAAGCUUUGAGCCUUCUGCAGUAGAGACCGACACGGCGCUGCAGAAUUUAAUGCUGCCGUUCUCAUGCAGCUGUCUGUUGUUUUUCCAGCUGGACCCAGAAAACACCGGUUUCAUCGCAGUGGAGAACUUCACCAGCUUGGUGGAGCACCAUGAGCUGCAGCUGGACCCGUCCAAGCUGGACAUGCUGUUAGCCCUGGUCCAGAGCAAUGAAGACGGACAGGUGUGCUACCAGGAGCUCAUCGAGCUGAUGAGCAGUAAGCGCUCCAGCAGUUUCCGACGGGCCAUUGCCAAUGGCCGCCGCACGCUGCAGAGGGAGAUCCUGCUGGACGAGACGGGGCUGGGUCUGUACAAACGUUUUGUUCGCUAUGUGGCCUACGAGAUCUUGCCCUGCGAGACGGACAGACGCUGGUACUUCCAUCAGAACCGCCUUUGUCCCCCACCUGUCUUUAUCGCCAUCGUCACCAUUGUGCAGAUUAUUGUGUUCAUGUGCUAUGGCAUCAUGCUAAACAAGUGGGUGCUGCAAACCUAUCAGCCUGACUUCAUGAAGAGCCCCCUGGUCUACCAUCCCGGCCACCGUGCACAAGUGUGGCGCUUCUUCAGCUACAUGUUCAUGCACGUCGGUUUGGAGCAGCUGGGGUUCAAUGCUUUACUGCAGCUGAUGAUUGGUGUUCCUUUGGAGAUGGUCCAUGGCAUCUUACGAAUAAGUCUCCUUUAUAUGGCAGGAGUGCUGGCUGGCUCACUGACAGUGUCCAUCACCGACAUGCGUGCUCCAGUGGUCGGGGGCUCCGGCGGUGUGUACGCUCUGUGCUCAGCACAUCUGGCCAACGUCGUCAUGAACUGGGCCGGGAUGCGCUGUCCGUACAAGCUGCUCCGCAUGAUCCUGGCGCUAGUUUGCAUGAGUUCGGAGGUGGGCCGUGCAGUGUGGCUCCGCUUCUCACCGCCUCUGCCAUCCUCGGGGCCCCAGCCCAGCUUCAUGGCACACCUCUCGGGGGCCGUGGUUGGCAUCAGCAUGGGGCUGCUGAUUUUACGCAGCUAUGAGGAGAGCCUGCAGAAACAAUGCUCCUGGUGGGUCAUCGUCUUCUCCUUCAUCACCUUCCUCCUCUUCGCCAUCUUCUGGAACAUCUUUGCAUAUGAGCUUCUGGGGGUGCAGAUACCUCCACCCCCCUGA